CGAAUACUUUCAGUCUUGUGCCGAGUUAAGCCCGCGAUAGUCGGUCGUAGAAGGCCCCAAAGUGUCUUUUUGGCAUUGUCAGAAUAACAGCAUACGUGCCAGUGGCAAAUUUUAAUAAAGCAAAAUGACAGCCGAUGAAGAAUAUACUAGUGAAAAUUAUCCCUAUAAAAAGAAUUUGAGGACAGCACUGCCUCAGUUUCUCGCUGUGAGCGUAAAAAAUUUGCUUCUAUUGGGCUAUGGAAUGACACUAGGUUUCACCACAAUUCUCAUUCCUGCCGUAGAAAAUCCAAAAGAUGGCGAAGUAUUGCAUUUAGAAAAGUCGGAAAUAUCGUGGAUAAGUUCAAUCAAUCUUAUUGCGGUGCCAUUAGGUUGUGCACUUUCGGGCAUAGUAACGUCGCCAAUCGGUCGCCGAAGAGCUAUGCAGAUGGUGAAUGUGCCCUUCUUCAUAGCUUGGUUAAUCUUCCACUUUUCGAAUAAAACGGGUUACCUCUACGGAGCACUUAUUUUGAACGGGCUGGCUGGAGGACUGCUUGAAGCACCAGUAUUAACGUAUGUAGCAGAAAUAACACAGCCUCAUUUGCGUGGAACGCUCACUGCCACUAGCUCGAUGUGUAUUAUUCUAGGAGUAUUUACGCAGUUCCUUUUCGGCUUAUAUCUGUACUGGCGGACGGUGGCAUUAGUCAAUAUUAUAUUCACGAUAUCAGCAGUUAUCGCAUUGUGUUUCGUUCCGGAAUCCCCGCACUGGUUGGUAUCUAGGAAGCGUCACGAUGAGGCUAGAAAGAGCUUGCAGUGGUUGCGCGGCUGGACCACCCCUCAGGCAGUUGAACAAGAAUUGAAAGAUAUCCAAUCUGUGUAUCAGAAGGAAAAAGGAUCUGUCGACGUAGAGGAGCCGUUGAGGGAGAAAAUAUCGCAUUAUCUUAAAAGAAGUUUCCUGAUACCGUUUUUCCUCAUCUCCUACGGUUUCUUUGUGGGGCACUUCAGCGGAAUGACUACUCUGCAAACAUAUGCAGUAUCCAUAUUUCAGAAGCUAGAAGCACCUAUAGACAAGUACUAUGCAACCUUGGUCUUGGGCAUACUACAGAUACUAGGGACUGGAACAUGUGUCCUGUUAGUACAUUUUACAGGAAAAAGACCACUGACGUUUUUCUCGACAGCAGGGGCUGGUACAUGUUGUAUUCUCCUGGCUAGUUAUGACUAUUAUAUACGGAAUAACGCUAUUGCUCAUGAUUCAGGAAUGCAUUCUGAUGUCUUCACGAACAGUGCAGCGGUAGAAAACUCAACAGAAAAUAUUGUGAAAAAUCCUUAUUCUUGGAUCCCAAUGACAUUGCUAAUGCUCUUGGCUUUAAUUUCACACACCGGUAUACGUAUGCUACCUUGGAUUCUAAUUGGAGAGAUUUUUAACUCUAAAACAAGAUCAGGCGGUGCUGGCUUGGCGAGUGCAGUUGGAUACAUUUUUGGAUUUUUGACUAACAAAAUAUAUAUUAAUAUGGUCGAUUCCCUAUUUAUUUGGGGAACUUAUGGAUUUUAUGGUAUUGUAUGUUUUUCUGGCUGUAUCGUCUUUUAUAUUAUGCUGCCAGAAACGGAAGGGAAGAAAUUAAAUGACAUUGAAAAUCAUUUUGCGGGUAUUAGAAAAUUGACCAAUAAUGUGUAUCGUUCUAAGAAAAGACCACCGAACGACGCGACCAAAAUGGAAAACAUUCAAGGUACAACAAAUCCAGCAUUUGAAGAUGAUGCACUAAAGCCGUAGAAUCUAUUAAGACUUACGGCAACUAUGAAGACUGUCUUGGAUUAGACAUCAUUUAAGCAACCUAUAUGUGAUACGAAUAAUUAUGAAUACCUCUAUCGAUAUACGAUACUUAUUUUCACUAAUCUUAAUAAAAAUAAUUUUAACAAAAAAUUAAACCGCCUCCAAAAACCACUCAAAACCAAAAAAUAA